ACAUACAAUGGGAGAUGAGCAGCCUUUUGAAAGGGUUAAAUGGAGCGACUAUAGGGUUCCGGUGCCUUCCGUGGCACAAUAGUAUCGCGCGGUCUGGGAUAAACUAUGGAAUUACUUUUAUGUCGGAAGGGAGACAAGUACUGUACCUUGUUGGAUUGACAACACUGUUGGGCAGGUAGCCUAAAUCAGUUGCAUAUCUAGGCUACAUUAAGUUGAACAUGUUUACACAUGUGCGGUUGCGAACACCGUUGUCUGUGGCCACUGGCCAGUCUGUCAUUUCCGCGACAGUUCAGUAGGCAGUGUCUAAUGUAGCCCAGCCUACAGUUUUUGUAAGGAAGUAGCACAUAUGAUUCGUUUUCAGCAAACUACACGAAUACUGGAGACUGAUCACUGUCCAGGCUCACUGGCUGUCCGUCAUGAAGAAGCGAGCCAAUAAGGCGUUGGAGCAGGAUGAGCCUCUGUGCUGCUGUGAGUAUGUGGACCGUCAGGGGGAGCGGAGCCAUGUGGCAGCCUGCUGCUGUGACUGUGAGGACCUGGACGAUGCCUGUGACAGAUGGUUGAAAAAAGAGCCCCAGAAGGCCAACUCACUGUCCCACCUGGUUACUGUGAUGACCGACCGCCUCCGUGUUCCCUGGUUCUGGGGUGGAGCCCGGCGUGUCGACCUAUCGGUGCUCCCCCCGCUGCUCCUACUUCCUGUCCUCCUACACGUCGCAGCCCUUCACUUCCUAUUGGGUAUAGUUGUUCUGACCGCUCUACCGGUCCUGGUUCUAUGGUACUACUAUGUCACCCACCGCAAGAAGGGCCGGACCCUGUUCUUCCUCAGCCUGGCCCUGUUCUCCCUGGGCUACAUGUACUACCUCUUCCUCACCGAGGUCUUCCCCAGGGGGGGUGUAGGGCUGACCCAGUUGGGCACAGUGACCUUGGGGGUGGCCCUGACUCUGGCCGCCCUUGUCCACACCAAGAGAGAAAUUCGCUACGUAUGGCCACACCCGGCUUACGUCCACAGCACAGUGACCUAUCACAGCCCUCCACCGGACAGAGACCCCGUCCACAACGGGGUCGGGCAGGAAGUAAUGCUUGCCAAUCGGGGUAGUGAGUCGGAGCAGCAGGGCCAGGGGGUGGAGCAGAUGGAUAGUGGGCAGAGCAGGAACUGGUGCUCUGUGUGCAGGGUUUUGCGGCCCCCCAGGGCGGGACACUGCAGGAUCUGUGACAUCUGUGUCCUGAGGCUGGACCACCACUGUGUCUGGAUAAACAGCUGUGUGGGCCAGUCCAAUCACCGCAGCUUCCUGUUGACACUCCUCCUCUUCCUGUUGACCUCUCUGUAUGGGAUCAGUCUGGUGCUGCGCAGCGUGUGUCCUCAACAGAACCUUGUCACCGCUCUGGUCUACUGCCCUGGCGUCUACAACCAGCACAGCUCAGCACUGUGUUUCACCUGUGCGUGGUAUAGCUGCAUAGUGACUAGCGGACUACUACACCUGCUGAUCCUGCAGCUCAUCAAUGUCAGCUACAAUGUGACGGAGCGAGAGGCGCGCACCGCUCUCCGAGACAAGACUGCCCACAGUCUCUACUGGGGCCUUGUCGUUGACACAGGAGUCUACUCACUUGGUUUCCGUGGCAACUGGGCAGAGUUCCUGACCAUGGGAGAAGGCCCGGACGCCCCCUGUCCCAGCCUCACUGACCUGGUGUAGCUGACCAUUGGAGAAGACCCGGACACCCCCUGGCCCAGCCUCACUGACCUGGGGUGCGUUCAACAAGGAAAAUAGUUUGCGAACAUUGGCUAAUGUUAGCUAACAUAUUCCAUUUGUUUUGUGUUAGCCACGACCAUUCGCUAACGUUAGCUAACAGUCAGAAGGUGCGGUGAACGUAAGUGUCGGUUUCAGGUCUUAACUGCCGCUACAAAAUCAAGUGGCCAUGUAGACUUUCUACUAUAUUUAGUAGGAGUAGCUAAGUCAUUUUCAGUUUGAAUACUGUCGCUAAAAAGCCAGUCAUCAUUACAAAAAGUUUAUCUGUAACAUUUUGGAAUAUUUAUUCAACGCAAAUUGUUAUUCUGGCAACAUGUUCACCGCAAACAGAAGCUUUGUUGAACUCUCCUCUGGUGUAGCUGAGCUGCUCAACAGCAUAAUGGCAUCGUUACAUGCUGACCAGACCGCUCAUGCGCAUGUUGAUUUUGUCCACCCACACCAGAUGCGAUCAGGACACGGAGGUUGAAAUAUCAAGUAAUCGCUCCUCCAGUUUUCAACUCUGGACUUUAUAUGGUGGUUGGCAAACAACUUCAAGGUGCGUUACCACUACCUCUGAAUCUCAGUUCAUCUUUCAAUCACCCAGUGGGUAUAUGCUCCUAAAAACCAAUGAGGUGGGAUUCAUCAAGCGUCAUAAAUAGAACCAAGUUCUAUUUUAGCGCCUGGCUACGCGUACGCUCGUGAGCAGUGUGAGUGCGAUGAUUGAAUAACAUGUAUGUGUACAUUGAUUUUUGCGACGCAUACAAUCUGACUUUAACCGUACAUAAAACUGACCGUAGAUCAGUCUGGGGGGGGGGGACUUCACCCUACUCUGUGAUAUAGAGGUGUCACGACAGACCCUGGUUCGAUCCCGGGCUGUAUCACAACCGGCCAUGAUCGAGAGUCCUAUAGGGCGGCGCACAAUUGUCCCACCGUUGUAAAUAAGAAUUUGUUCUUAACUGACUUGCCUGGUUAAAUAAACAUGGACAAGAGUUG